UGGCGGACGAAAAAUGAUGUGCAAUCGUCUGCAUUGUGAAAGUCAAAAAAGAUGGACUUUCUGUUCAUGGCAUUAAUAUAUACUUUAGUUUUCGUGACCCUAUCGUAUGUAGUUUUUUUUGGAAGUGCUGACUUUCAUCGAACUGGUUUGGUUGGCUUUCUGCGAAGAGGCUUGUUUUCAGUUGCCCAUUCAACGAAGGCUACUUUUGAAAAGUGCGUUCCAACAGCUUUAACUAGCAUCAUAAGAAGUGUUACAACUUAGCUGUUGUUUACAAGAAAUCCUUGUAUCCAGCUUCUUUAUGGCUUCCUUGUUAGUGGAGGGACUGCUAUCUACAGCUUCAAAGUCAUUCCUUACUUUGACAAAAUAAAUGCAUUCAGCAUUGUUACAUAUAUUCUUAUAGCCAUCAAUGUGGUGCUGUUUUGGAUUUGUUGUACACAUGAUCCUGGUAUGAUAACAGUGACAAAUCAUGCUGAGUAUAUGAAUGACUAUAACCCUGAUGGUGUUUAUUAUACAACACAAGGAUGUAAUACAUGCAAGUUUAUUAAGCCAGCAAGAUCAAAACAUUGCUCUCUAUGUGAUGUGUGUGUGAGUCGUUUUGACCAUCACUGCUCCUGGGUUAACAACUGCCUUGGGAAAAAAAACUACAAGUUCUUCUUGUGUUUCAUCACAAGUUCAGCAAUACUUUGUGCAUAUGUGACAUUUGUGGUGGCAAUUGUGUAUGCAUAUAUUGUGCUCUCAGAGGGCUUGAUCAACAUGAAGUAUGAAGCCUAUGAUGGACAGUAUUAUCCAGUAGGAAUCAGAUUUCUAUCUCAGUAUAUGCUGGUUCGGCAGCCCUUGCUGGCAAUUCUGUUUCUAGUUGUUUUGUUCUUUGGUGUGGCCAUGACAGGAUUCUCGUUAUUUCACUUGUACCUUGUUCUUACAAAUCAGACCACGAAUGAAUUUUACAAACGUCAUUAUUAUGGUAAAUCCCACACGAAGUCAUCACGGCAGUCGAGAAUCAUCUCGUCUCGGACUGAAAAAACAACGGUCAAAACCGCGAAAAGAAGAGCCUUAAACCGCAACAAAGAAAUCUCGUCAAGAACUUUGGCUGAUGAAGUAGUAACUACAGAAAAAUCGCCUUCUCCAGGGACUCGUACACCAUACUACAAGGGAAUUUGGAGAAAUAUUACUGAAGUAAUGGGCGUGUGAUUGAAAAGAAACCAAGAUUUGUAAAUUGGCCUCCAUAAACAGUUUCUAAAGCUGACGUUUCGAGCUUCGUCAGAGUGAAGGACGAAUAUGACGAAUGACGAAGAUGACGACGAUGACGAAUGACGACCGUGACGAAUGACAGCGAUGACGUAUGACGAAGAUGACAAAUGACGAAGAUGACGAAUGACGAAGAUGACAAAUGACGAAGAUGACGAAUGACAAACGACGAGGAUGACGAAUGACGAAUCACUUCAUUCGCUCUAGCGGAGGGCUAAUGUUCGAAACAUCAGCUUCCGAAACUCGGUGCGCGUGCGGUGGGCAAUUUAUAUUAUCAAGUCAGUUGAUAAAACCAAAUUAUCUUGUUAUACUCCCUCACCGACGCAGCACCAUAGUUUAUCUAGAAACUUACCCCCUCUAUUCAUUCACUGAAGAUUUGGAAGAGAUUGAUAAAUAUAUUUUUCGGCGCUGUCUUGAGAUUUUACAUUAAUGCAGCUGGCAUGCGUUCAUUGUAAAUGCUCUGUUCAAAGUUCUGUUCGUUUUAUUUAUUACCUUUCAUUCUCUUUACUCAUUAGAAAUAUAUCUUUUUUUUGACACUGUACCGUUUGAAAAGAAACGAAGUUCGAUCGGGAAGUUCGGCAUUUUUUACUGCAUUUCACUUCAAAAAAAAAAUUACAAGAUUUCAAAGAAAAAUAAGAGAUUACUCUCGAAAACUUUAAGAUUUCUUGUAAUAUUUCGACGUAUCCCCGUCAAUCCUUGAGGGCAGGCGAAUAUUUGUGGGUUUUAUUCAAUUUAAAGGAAAUGCUCUGAUGCUAAAAUUGACUGAAAAAAUCGCUAUGUAGCUCUUUAACUCCACCAUGACUUUUCCUUUGAAAUUCGCUCUUAAACUCUUGAUUAAGAAGCUUAAGUUUGCGAAGACUACAUUCCCGCUAUUCACUCCUAGUAUAUACCGGCCGAAUUCUAACUCAUUCUUGGCUCAUCCUUUUGAAUUUCUUUAUUUUAAUGGGUUUUUAGUUGGCUCAAAUCGUCACUCUUUUCUAGUACGGUGUUAAGCUAUGGAAUUUGUUUUUGGAGGCCGCGUCCAGUAAAAAUUCCAUAGCUUAACACGGCAGUCCACAGUAUCGAAUCCUUACACUUGCUCGACCGGUGAAUGGGAAGUCAAACUUACCGGCAUAGUUUCUAUUUCACUGUUAUUUAAAACGUCAAUUACAUUUCAUAACAUAGUACUUCCUCACAUUGCGAAAUUAGAAAAAAAAAAUUGAUUAGAGAUUUUUCAAUUAUGAUA